UCCUCCUCAUUCUCAUUUACAUUCUCUCUCUGUGACCUUUUUUCUUUUCCCCUGCAAUUACUCUCUCAUUUGAAGCCCAUCGCCAAACGCCAAAUAAGUGUUUCAGGUUGAAAUAAGUGAUUUGUUAUAGUCAAAAUGUCAUCUCCGAGCAAGAGAAGAGAAAUGGAUGUUAUGAAAUUGAUGAUGAGUGAUUAUACAGUGGAGACGAUAAAUGAUGGACUCAAUGAAUUCAAUGUGGAGUUUCAUGGUCCAAAAGAAAGCCUUUAUGAAGGUGGAGUCUGGAAAAUUCGAGUUGAGCUCCCUGACGCUUAUCCGUACAAAUCCCCUUCUAUAGGAUUUGUGAAUAAAAUAUUCCACCCAAAUGUUGAUGAGUUAUCUGGCUCUGUGUGCUUGGAUGUGAUUAACCAAUCAUGGAGCCCAAUGUUCGAUCUUCUAAAUGUCUUUGAAGUAUUUCUUCCACAACUCUUGCUUUAUCCAAAUGCUUCAGAUCCUCUCAAUGGCGAUGCAGCAUCGUUAAUGAUGAAGGAUAAAAAGCUGUAUGACCAAAAAGUUAAAGAGUAUUGUGAGAGGUAUGCUAAGAAGGAAAACAUUACCACCUCUACAGCAGAUGAGGAGAGUGGAGAUGAGGAGGAGAUCAGUGAAGAAGAAAGUGGAUUCAGUGAUGAUGACAUUCCCGGUCAUGCUGAUCCAUGAAUGAUCUUCGAUUUAUAUAAAACCUUUGAAGGGUCAAUGUAGUACCAACCAGAAAAACAUUACAUGUUUACUUGUUAAAUUAUAAGACGUAGGAUUAUAUAUACUAUUUUUUCUGCCUGUAAAAUUAUAAUUCUUAUUCCUGUACUGAAUUGAUUAGGGUAUUGCUCAGUAAAUGGAAAUUUAAAAUAAUAUUAGUGUGUAAGUUUUAAGUUGCGGUGCCGGUUGU